CUCCUCUCUCCCUCCUCGGGCCGCGCGCCCGCGCGCCCGGAGCCAUGCGGGGCGGCGCGCCUGCGCUGCUCCUGCUGGCCCCCCUGGCCCUGCCGCCCGCCGGCGGGGCGGAUGCGGGCGCGCAGGACUGGGCGUGCGCCGCGCAGGACCCCAGCUGGCACAAGCUGCGCGAGUCGGCGCGCUACGCCAUGCACGAGCCCCACUUGUCCAAGCGCGCCUCCCUGCGCAGCCUGGUCGCCCUCGUGCCGGCGUGGCAGACGAUGGAGACCGGCUUCGAGAACCCCGGGAGGAUCCAGCACCCCACCCCGUGUCCACUGGGCGAGGUGUUCAUGAUGAUCAUGGACACGGUGUUCCUCAGCCUGGCCAACGGCGGGGCGAUGAACAUCGACAGGCUGCUGCACAUCCUGGAGGUCCUGGAGAGCCUGGCCCCGAGCGCCGCAGCCGUGCUGCAAUCCUCGUGGCCGAUCUUCGGCGUGCUGGUGGUGGCGCAGCAGAUGCUCGGACUCGGGCGCGGGGCCCCUCUCUCUGCUCGAGUGGGUAGUACUGUCAGCCGCUCAGCGAAGGAC